AGCCCUGACAUUUCUUAACUCUGACCCGCGAAGCUCUGGCGCUGUAAACCUUGACACCGCCCAACCCUGAGGCGCAAACCCCUGACAGCUGAAAAGCUGACCCCUGGGACUCUGAUGCGCCAAGCCCUGACAUCGCCCCACUCUGAGACCCGAAGCCCUACCAUUCGAAAGCCCUAACCUGCCAAGCUUUGGGGCUGCGUGCCCUGCCCCUGCCAUCGCCCAACCCUGAGGGGGAAAGCCCUGACUGGCGGAACCCGGGGGAGGCAAGCCCUGACAUCGGCCAGCCCUGAGGCGUGAAGCCCUGACAUUCCGAAACUCUGACCCGCGAAGCUCUGGGGCUGUAAACCCUGGCACUGACCAACUCCGAGGCGGGAAGCCCUGACAUUCCCAAGCCCUGACCUGCAAAACUCUGCGGCGUUAUACCUUGGCAGUGGCGAACGCUGAGGCCGUGAGCUCUGGCAUGCCGAACCUUGAGACGCAAAACCCUGCCCACCGUUUUACCUUGCAAAGCCCUGAGAGCUGGGUCGACCCUGACACUUGUGCCCAUUUUUGCAAACCCUGAGAUGCCAAACCCUGACACCACCGCGAUUUAGCCCUCACUGGCAACCCUGAUGCCCCUUGUCUUUCCCCUUAAAACCUUGAGAGUCCUUAUAAAAAAUUUGGGUAGUAGUUGUGUUCUGGAAAAACAAAAAUUAAAGGAGGGCUGAGAACAAGAACAUCAACCAACUUGAUCCGAUCACUAUUUUAAGCUGACCUGUCGCCACCAGGAUGCUGCCGUUGCGCAAUUUGUACGCAUGCGUCUUAUCUGCGUGUGCACUCCUUUCCCACGGAGUCAGCCGUGAGCAGGUGAAGGCGAUUGCCCUCGGCUGGGACGGAGGCGGCCGCGAUGAAGGAACAGGCGCCGCGCUUCUCGAGUUGAGAGCAGUACCAAAAACAGGCACUUCUUCGCUUCUAGAUAUAAUGUUUUUUGGAAUUUCGCCCAUGAUGCCAACAGAACGGUCGCGUGAUUCGAUCAAUGUGGCAGGAGUUACUGGACUACUUUCUCUGGUGUCUUUUAAUUCCAAUGUCAUCCCGUUCCCGACUCAGGUACUUUAGCGAUGCUUGAGGAGAAGACGAAAAAGUGGGAUGCGGAAAUGCGCAGAAUCGCACCUUCCGAUAGAGCAAUGGCCAUGAAGUUCCAAAAUUGCAUAAAGGAUUAUGACUCACGCCAGUUUAUAUACAUCUUUAUUUUCUUCCAGUCGUUCUUCCAUUGAGAUUCGAAAGCAACGCACUCAGAUUGUUGAUACUAUGAUGUUUUAUGUUCUUGUCUAAGAUUUUUUCGACACGUGGGAAACUGAUAUUUGGCAGAAAGAGCACGAGCUUCUGAAGUUUAUGAACAUCAAAGGGGUUCUCGUGCAACUGAUGACCGGGGAAGAUUCCGAGACCAGCAAUGGCCGUAUUCAACUGCGUGUGAACGAUAUUGAGAAUAGCAUAGCACUCUCGAAAGGAGACCUUUUGAAAAUGAUCGGCAGGGUCGUGGAGACUGAGUGCAACUGAAGAAGGUGCAACUCGUGGCGGAGACGGGUACCCAGAAACUUGAAUAGACUUUGCGACAAUCCUUUUGCUAUUAUGAUCUUAUACUUAUUCAGUCACUUUAGAUUCAAUCACUAUCACUCUGAAGUUUCAUCUUGAUCGAUUUUGAUGUGAUUGAUGGGGUGAAAUCUCUUCCGAUCUCUCUCAUUGACAAACCGCAGGUCCUUUAUUGGAGUCGCGCCGUUGGGAGAUCGUGAUCGGGUUAUCAGGAACAGACGCCUUUGGUUUGAGUCUCUACUAGUCGAGGUGUAGGCAGAGUCCAAGUGCUGAGCAGGACCACGUGUUGAAGUUGCUGAUGUAGUUGGGUGUUGUGAAUGGAAAUGGGGAGUCGGAGGACGUGAAGAGAAUAGUGUUGGUCAUAUGUCUAAAGGAACCAGGAUUGUACUAAGCCCUGGACUGGGUAUCUCGUCGUCAUCAAUCAAUCAAUCUCAUCAUCUAAGACAUGAGUUAUUAUCCAGGACUGCACUUGAUGCGUAGACUUAGUUUCUUUUUUUUUCCUCGCCACUUGUUGACUAGUUCAUGAUGAGAGAUUCCCGUUUUGUUUCUCUUCUGUAUAGGUACAGGUAGCACAUGAUCAUUGAUGGAUAGCGAAGGAGAUCUGACUCUGUUUGAAAGUGAGUAAAUGAUGACUGAUUGAUUAUCAAUCGAACCAGGAACAUGAAGUGGAGAUGAGUGAAAAUGAGUAAUUGAUGUGCGGCACAUGUGAAGGAACAGGUUGGCGUCGUUUUGUGGGUCUAACUAUGUGAGACAGUUGCAGUUGAAUUUGAUACGAUUUCUUUUUGGCGUCUCUUUGAGAGUGUUUUUUUAUACGAAAUGAGUUCUGGGGUAUACUUUCGACUGUUUGUGGAUAGAAGCCAACAAGAUGUCCAUCUGACACGUGUCCCUGUGAUGAUGAAGCAUUAGAAGUCUAAGUGUGACUUCUCCUUCUGUUCCGGGAUAAGUCUGUCCCCGGAUAUAGGGUUGACGGUGAUAACGUCGCGACCGCGCUUGCCACACACUGUUUGGGAACUCCUGUUGUCUUGUUGAUGGUAGAGAACAAUGCCUAUCAGGGACGUGUCAUGGUUACAGAAUGUACAAUUGUACCCACUGCAGG